UGGCUGUCAGGAUCCUGUGGAGGUGUGUGUGUGUGUGUGUGUGUGUGUGUGUGUGUACUGCACACCGCAGAGAGCGUGUGCAUGAACGUGUGAACAGAUUUAGAAGUGAAGUGGCAGUUUCCUUUUUGUUCUUCUGAGAGGAAGUGUGUUUUCUCGCUGGGAAGAAAAGACACGAUGAUGAUGGUUAUAAAGACGUUAAAGAUGAUGAUGGGUGUCCCUCGACCUCCCCGAGCUCAGGUGAGCCCCGGGCUCCAGACUGAGUGCUAGCCAUGCUGCGGCAGGUUGAGCCAUCGUCCAGCACCCUGCAGCUGGUUGCCAGUGAUAUGAGCGACAUCAUGGACAAUCUGGACACCCGCGAUCUCGAUUUAGGCGAUGGAGAUUAUGACACGACAGACACCAAUGCACCUGAGGGUUUGCCUUUCAAAGAGAUUUACAACACAGUGGGUUUCAAGGAGACAGAGGCCAAAGUCUACCUGUCCUCUCCCAUCACCGUCAAAAUCCUGGAGGUGGAGCGUUUCACCUCAGUUCAGGACCGCUUCAACCUCACCACACAGAGGAGCGUCAACAAGUCAAUGCCGGCUGUGUAUAAAAUUGAGAUGAAACACGGAGAGUUUACAUGGUUGGUGAAGAGGAAGGAGAAGCACUUCAUCGAUCUCCACAGAGAACUGAGAACAUACAAGACCUUCAUGAAGAUUCCACUUCCACGCAGUCACACGGUGAAGAGGAACAUACCGUUGAGGAGUGAGGUGAGCCAGAUACCAGAACUCCCCAGAGGAGGCGAUGGCGAACUGGACAGAGGAGUUUCCAGUCGAAGGAAACAACUGGAAGAUUACUUGAAUACUGUGCUAGCGAUGCCGAUGUAUAGGAACUACCAUGCUACAAUGGAGUUCAUUGAUGUUAGUCAAAUGUCUUUCAUUCACGACCUGGGACCAAAAGGACUAGAGGGAAUGGUGCUGAAGAGAUCCGGUGGCCAUCGGAUCCCCGGCAUGAACUGCUGUGGUCGCAGCAGAAUGUGCUACCGCUGGUCCAAACGCUGGUUGGUGGUGAAGGACUCGUUUCUGCUGUACAUGAAGAUGGAUUCAGGCGCCAUCUCCUUUGUAAUGCUGUUUGACAAAGAGUUUGGCAUCAAGAUGGACUCCAAGGACACGGACACCAAACACGGCGUCCGUGUGGACAGUCUCUCCAGGUCUUUGGUGCUCAAGUGCAACAGCUACAGACAUGCCCGCUGGUGGGGUCAGUCCAUUGAAGGCUUUGUCCAGAAGUAUGGCUCAGCCUUCCUCAAAGAUCACCGCUUUGGAUCUUUCGCCAGAGUGGAAGUGAACAUCCCUGCCAAAUGGUACGUGAACGGGAAAACAUACAUGGAGGAUGUGGCCAAUGCUCUCGAAGAAGCCAAGGAGGAAAUCUUUAUCACUGACUGGUGGCUGAGUCCAGAGAUCUUUUUGAAAAGGCCAGUUGUUGAAGGAAACCGAUGGCGUCUCGACUGCAUACUGAAACGCAAAGCGCAACAAGGAGUUCGAAUCUUUGUGAUGCUCUACAAGGAGGUGGAGUUAGCUCUGGGCAUAAACUCAGGAUACAGCAAGAGAACGCUGCUGCGCCUCCACCCCAACAUCAAGGUGAUGCGCCACCCAGACCACGUCUCCUCCGCUGUGUACCUGUGGGCGCAUCAUGAGAAGAUCAUCGUCAUUGAUCAGUCGGUGGCCUUUGUGGGUGGGAUUGACCUUGCUUAUGGACGUUGGGAUGACAGGGAACACCGGCUCACCGAUGUUGGGAGUGUGACGCUCUCUCACUUGGAGCAGGCUGCAGCUGCCUCUCCCAGCAUGGCUGCCCAAGCCAACGGCAGUAGUACGGUUUCCCAGAGCAACGGAAAAGGCGUAUUCACUGUGGCAGACUCGAUGGACCAGCCAAGGCUAAAGAGUCACGGGAGGUUGAGGAGGACCAGGAUGAGCAUCAGAAGACACCUGCAGAAACACGGGCUGGCCCAUCCCGAUAGCGACAGCGACCUGGAGCCCGAAGAGUCCUCUGACCCAGUGCAAAAUGAGCCUGCGGGGGUCGGAGAGUUGCAUGGGAACACGCGAUUCUGGCACGGGAAAGACUACUGCAACUUUGUGCACAAGGACUGGAUUCAGCUAGAUAAGCCUUUCGAUGAUUUCAUAGACAGGCACAAAACUCCCAGAAUGCCUUGGCAUGACAUUGCCUCAGUGGUUCAUGGGAAAGCAGCUCGGGAUGUGGCCAGACACUUCAUCCAGCGGUGGAAUUUCACUAAGCUUGUGAAGCCAAAGUACCGCUCCCUGUCAUACCCAUAUCUGCUGCCCAAGUCUCACACCACUGCUGGAGAACAGCGAUACCAAGUCCCCAACUGCAUCCCCACCAAAGUACAGAUCCUGCGCUCAGCUUCAGAUUGGUCUGCUGGCAUCAAAUACCAUGAAGAGUCCAUCCACAAUGCCUACGUCCACGUCAUCAAGAACAGCCAGCACUUCAUCUACAUAGAGAAUCAGUUCUUCAUCAGCUGUGCCGACAACAAAUAUGUUUUCAACCAGAUAGGAGACGCGAUUGCAGAGCGCAUCAUUCGGGCGUACAGGGAGGGUAAAAAGUAUCGCGUUUACGUGGUGACGCCGCUGUUGCCGGGCUUUGAAGGAGACAUCAACACCGGAGGCGGCAGCGCCAUCCAGGCUGUCAUGCACUUCAACUACAGGACCAUGAACAGAGGAGACCACUCCAUCAUUUCCCAGCUCAAGAGAGAGAUGGGAGAUAACUGGAUAAACUACAUCUCCAUCGCUGGUCUGAGGACUCACACUGAUCUGGAGGGGAAGCUCGUCACUGAGCUCAUCUAUGUCCACAGCAAGAUGCUCAUCGCGGACGACAACACCGUCAUCAUCGGUUCUGCCAACAUCAACGACCGGAGCAUGCUGGGAAAGCGGGACAGCGAGGUGGCGGUGAUCGUGGAGGACUCGGAGAUGGUGGACUCGGUGAUGGACGGAGAGCCGUACAAGGCGGGAAAAUACGCCCUGCAGCUCCGGCUCGAGUGCUUCAAGACGAUCCUCGGCACUUACACAGAUCCCACCAUCGAUGUUUCGGAUCCAAUCAGCGAUCACUUCUACAAGGAGGUCUGGAUGUCCACCAGCGCUCGCAACGCCUCCAUCUACCAGAGGGUUUUCCGCUGUCUGCCAUCCAGCGACGUCCGUAACAUAAUGGAGUUGGAGGGCUACCUGGCCAAGGCUGGCCUGGACAAAGAGGACCCGGCUCGGGCUCAGGAGGAGCUGAAGAAGAUCCGUGGCUUCCUCGUUCAGUUUCCUCUUCAGUUCCUGUCUGAACAAAACCUGCUUCCACCCAUCGGCUCCAAGGAGGCUAUGGUGCCGAUGGAGGUCUGGACCUGAGGCAGAGGGGGGCUUGUCUGUGUUCGUUGAGUGGAAGGUGGAUAGAAAACACUCUGACGCUAUUCUGGAGGUCUGACGGGACUCUGACCAAAAACAGAUGAGGUCAUGCUGGAGCUUUUUAAAUGUUAUGAUCUCUGUUUCACAUCAUAGAUUAUAGCUCAUGAUUGCAUGUUAACAAGACAGCAUCACCCUGAGUUGAGACUCUCAGGAGACAUUUACUCUUAAACUGUAAUCUGAUCAUGGCUACUUGAGGAGUUCUCAGUGGUGAGUAUUUGGAUUUAGACUCUCCACAAACACACAGACCCAUGUCAAGAAUGCUGACAUGUUCACAGAGAGCAGGGACUGGAAAAAUGACUGAAGUAAUCAUAGAUAAAAUCAUACAUGAAGUUUAAAUGAUAAAUAAAUGUAUUGACAACAGGCAAUUUAUGUGAUUUAAAUAGAUUAUUUGGCAGGCUCAACAAGCGUGCCAGAGGAAAACAGGUGUGGUCAAAACCGUUUAAAAUGGUUGUGUCACACAAGGAAGUCACAGAAACCAGAGAUUAUUUAGAAACACCUACUAAUUACUGUGAUGAGCUUUAAGCUGCAGCUUUAGAGGAAUGUCUGCCCUUAAGGCAGAAAUAUUUCUGAAUACUCAUGUCAAUAAAGCAGGAACUAAAAUGCAGUCAGGUCCCCAAAUUUUGUCCAAGCAGGCUUUUGUGGGUUUCUUCAAACCCACAUUUGUUUGAGUUACACUAAUCUGAAAAAGCUCUAAUAAGCUCCAGUUUCUAAACUAAGAUAUGAGACGACACCUGAACAUACAUCAAGCAGCCACAACAUUAAACCUUCUGACAGGUGAAGUGAAUCACAUGUUGUGAAAAAACAGUGCUUUGCUGAGAAGCUUUGAGUCCUGGCAUCCCAUCAAAAGAUUGUCGCAGACUAAAUGCGUACACCCUUUUAUGUUACCAACACUCCCUGACAGCAGUGGUCUCAUCCCAGCAUGAUGAAACAUGACGCAAAACCUUCCCGGGAACACGAUCUCCACCUAGAGGCCAAAACUUCUAAACUCCACUAAAAUCUCUUCGACCAUCAGCAGGAUGAGCCAGAGCAGGCAGACCAAUCAAUGCAGCCCACAUUAUUAAAGGACAGUCGUUAGGGUCGGGCAUGGACCUCAAGUCAUGGGCAGUUUUUGCUUUGUGGGGGAGACCACUGCUGGGGGGGGGUGUACCAUGCAGAUGUGCAUGAGCUUGGUGUGCAGAAAUUGUGAUAAAUAUCAGGCCCCUAGGGCAGAAUCUUUAAUUGCAUCAAAAUUAUAAAUGUUAUUCAUUUAAACUGCCAGGACUUCUGUUCUCACAGCCUGGGGUGACCACAUUAUGACUGUCCCCACUUUGUGACAUCAUACAGAGCCAAUAGUGGAAACAUUUUUGUAAGCAGUGUGGAGCAGUGUGAGUUUUGGGCUCAGCCAUGUUUAACAUGACUGUCCACCGUCUGAUUUAUGACAGAAGGUGGACAGACCAGUCCACCUAAAUGUUGUGGCUCAUUGGUGUGUGUUACUUUCUGUGUUUAGUAGCUCCAAAAACCAGAAUUGACUCUUUGUUACAGACAUACAACAGUUUUGUUUACAGCCUUGUAAACGUCACCUCCAGCAUGGCGUCAGUUGUGAUGUAACAUCUAUGAACCUAACCUUACAAUGUUCAAAGACUGAGAGAGACUCCACACCUUCCCAGAGCUCAUAUGUGCACACAGGUUGCUUCUGAACAGAAGCAACAGACAUGGGCGUACAGACCAGCAGCAGAGGGAGCGAUGGACUCUACAGUGCCUGAAAGUCUGGGCCUCGUGUUUACAGGAAAAAUGAAAUUCCCCUGUCACCAUGAAGCUAUUACUCUACCUUUUUUGUUUGUUUUUUAAGUACAGCUUGAGCCUCUGUUCUCUAACAACACUAUGCAACGUCCAGCUCUGACUCUUCUGCCUUCAAAAGACACUAAAUCGUUAAAUCCAGCAGAGCAGAAGCGGGGAUGAAGAGCCGGAUCGAGCUGUCGGGCGUCUCUGCACAUGUUUUCCUUUUAAACUUGUCUCAUGUGGCUGCUUCUAAUAUUUAUGUCAAACAGGAAAUCAAACGUGCCAAAGAUGACGGACUGUACGCUGAUGUUAACACACAUUCCUCAUACUGUGGAUUCUGCAUGACUUAAGCCUCAAGUGACCUACGUUUAUACCAGCUGUACUGAUAUGGCUCUAUGUUGCUGGUUUCUAAUUUCCUAAUAAUAAUUUUCUGGAAAGCACUACUGUAACUUGGUUAUUGGGGGAUUUAAAUAAUAAUAAAUAUUAAUUUAUUACUUGUGUGUAAUUGGGAAUAUUUUUCUAGAUGUAAUAAAUUAUUUUCAUUGGUUGACUUUUAGAAAGACUCCAGUUAUUGAGAUCAAUUCAUACAACGUGUCACUAUUUCCAGGAAACUAUUAGGAAAUUAUUGACUUGUACAAAGCUCUUUUAUUUUGCAGAAGCAUGCAUGAAGAGUUUAUUACAUUGCUGCAUUUCCUUUUGUGUCAGAAAGCGAAAAUUUCCCACAAUGGCUAACUUUGCAUUAACAGGUAAUACUGGUUUGUUACUGGUAUAAUGGAUGUUUUAUGUCCACCAGGGGGCAGUAGAACAACAUGUUACCACUUUAGUAAGUUGUUGUGAUGACUGUGUCUGCAAACUGUUGCCAGUUUAGACAAGCAGCAGGAAUAAAGACACGUGACUGUCCAUUACUGAGUUCACCUGCUGAAUAUCCAUCAAAUCUAAUUCGGAAAGUGAUGAUGCCAAAGUCUGUCACUAUUCCAGAUGAUGAUUUCCAAUGUUUGGUUGACUGAACGAUUGAACAGUGGUACUUGGAUAGAUCUCCCCUUGGUGAACUUGUGUGUGUAGCAUUGCUACCAUGAGACACUGCAGUCACAUGUUUUUGCUACCAUGAAGUCAAUCAAAGCUCUCUUAUCUUAGAUCCGGACGUCUGCCUGUGGGCUGUGAUACCUGUGAUACUAUUUGCAUUCUGCCUUUUGAUCAUUUUAACUUAUCCGGUGUUAACAGUCCCUGGGGGAUCUAAAAGAGCAGGUUCUGUCACAUUUUCACAAUCCUGAAUCAACUAUUCACCCCAAAAGUCAAACUUUCACUCUUUCAGCUGCAUAUUUGGUCUCCACCUACUCUAAGAAUAGCGUCUUACAGUUCAGCUGCUACAUGUAACACUAUACUGAUUGGCUAGUUGGAUAGUCUGUGUAGAGUUGAGGAGAAUAAAACAAAAGCCUUCAAUGCUUGUGGCGUUCCUUUGAAAUUGGAUUAAGAGUUGGUCCUAUUUUGAACAGAACUGCACUUUGGUGUAAAGUGCAGCAAAGUCAGACCACAAGACGUUCAUGAUUUUAUAUUGACUUUGUGGAUUUUGACUGGUUUAUGUCAAAAUUGGGGUAAAUAUCACCGUGACCAUGUCAGUGUCAAAGUAGACAAUUUCAGUUUUAACCUUUCAUUGCUCAACUCAACCCUAAACUUAACUUCUGGUAAUUAAAAGAGGACUUUUGUGGAUGCAAACAUGGCUUCACCUUGUGGAAAAUGUGUCUUUAAGUGCAUUAUCAAGAAGAUAUUACACCAGCUUUGUCUUUGCACUUUGUUUCUGCUCCCCUCAAGUUGCCAAAAGAUAUUAUUGCAGGUUUGGAAUAUUUACAGUUAAAUACCUUCUGAUUAACCAGAUUCUGGUGCAUGAAGCCUCAUGCAUCAGAAUCUUCUGAUCUUCUAACACAUCUGGAACGCAGCAUCACUAUUUGUCUUCCUCGUUGGUCUGUUCAUCUGCAUGAUGCUGUUUUGUGCUGUAAAUUUGAAACAUGUAAGGAUCUUUACUGACUGCAGCUGACAGCAUGACAGCAGCUCGUUGCCAUUAAACCGUCACGGACAAACGUGUGAACUUUAUAAGCUGAACAGUUUUCUUUAAAGCCAUUGUUGAAGCUAAUCGGUGUGUCUGUCUGUAAGAUGGACCUGAUACUUUAAUGUUGAUGGAAAUUGGACCUUAAGUGUGCUCUUUCUGUUUAGUCUUCCUCUCUACCUCCCUGUGUUUCUACCUCCUGGUCUAGCGCUUUCUCAGCUCCUCAUAUUUUCAGCUUUUGUGAUAUCAGAUGUUUUAAAUCUAAAUCAGAAGCUUAAAAGAUAAAAGGCUGAGUUCAUAUAAAUCAACUUAAACACAGAAAUAUGGCUGAAAUCUGACUGUUUGCUCGUGUUCUUUGAAUCUCGGCUCAGAGGCUGAGAAACGCUGAUCUGUCCCGUUUUUCUCUCGUCUGCCUUUUCUUGCUGUAUCUUUAUAAAUAUGCACUAUUUGCACAGUCUGUUUCUUUGUGGGAGCCCCUUAAAUGAUCUGCAGUACCACAUCAUGUGUUGCUUUUUGAAAUGAUGGAUUAAAUAAAUGAGGUGUUAACAAGUCAUUGAAAAGCA